UUUUUAUCUCAGCACCUCAUUUAAAGUUGUUUCGUAGGACUUGUAGCCGGCUAACAGGAAUAUUUUUAGAAUUUUUAGAAUCCUUAGAAUUAGUGACAAAAUGAAGGAAAGUGAACGGGAAAGCCAAUAUCAAAAGGUUCCCACCAGAGAACUUAUUAAGGAGAAUAUUCCAGAAAUACCAGUGUCUUAUGGUUAUGGAUUUCGUCAUGUACAAGUGGCACUCUUACUGUUGAGCUUGACAGUAGCCUAUGCGGCACGGGCACAUAUAGGUCUCACUGUAGUCGCCAUGUCUAAACCACCACGUAAUACUAGUAUUAGUAAUUCUAGUGGUCCUAUAAGUGCAAGCAUAUAUAACAAUACAGUUGAAUACAAUAAUGAAACAUUGAGAUCCGAUAUUAAUGGAACUGUUUCAAAAAUUGGCAAAGAUGACAGUAUCUGGAAUGUUUAUAUGACAUAUGAAUGGCCAAAAUCAAUUCAAGAAUUGAUUUUAGACUCGUUUUUUUUGGGAUACUUUUUGAUGAUGUUUCCCACGGGAAUGAUUGCCCAAAGAUUUGGGGGUAAGAUACCUUUGCAAGUAUGUAUGCUAGUCAACGGAGUGAUUUCAAUUGUGACUCCUUUUGUAGCUGCCUGGGGAGGAUGGAAAGCUGUAUGUUGCUGCCGGGUGAUACAAGGACUGAGUCAAGCAGGGGUGUACCCUAGCAUCCAAACUGUACUAUCAAAAUGGGCGCCAGCAAGUGAACGAGGCAGAUUUGCCAGCUAUAUCUAUUCAGGUUCCACAAUAGGAACAGUAAUAGCAUUCCAGUCAAGUGGUGCAUUAUCAUCUAGUAAGGCGGGAUGGCCAGCUACAUUCUGGUUAUUCGGAGCAGUGUGCAUUGCUGCUUUUAUUCUUCUGACAUUCUUUGCUGCUGGCUCCCCAACCGAACACAAGAAAAUAAGUGAAGAGGAGAAAACCUUUAUCUUGGGAAGAAUUGAUGAUGGUGUAAAAACGAGGAUGGCUACUCCAUGGAAGCAAAUUUUGUUAUCAAAACACGUUUGGGGAGCUUUUGCAGUACACGUUGCUUCUGGAGUCUGUUUUGUUUUCUUCAUUACUCAAACACCUACUUACAUGUUCUACAUACUUGGUUUUAACAUCAAAAACAGCGGCAUUUUGUCCUCGUUACCCUAUAUAGCAAGUAUUAUCUUAUCGGUCGUCUACGGGAUUGUAUCGGACUAUUGCACCAACAGAGGUAUCGUCUCUUUGAAGACAGCAAGGAUCGCAUGCAACAGUCUUGCACAAAUCGGACCAGCACUCUGCCUUGUAGCAGUGUCGUUUACUGAAAACAGUGCAUUAGCCGUCGUUUUGCUGGUUCUUGGGGUUGGGUUGCUUGCCGGAGUACACGUCGGUUGGAUGUUAAACUACAUAGACCUGUCUCCAAACUUUAGUGGGUCUUUAAUGGCGUUGGGAAAUACAUUGACGUCAUUCACUUCUCUGUCGCAGCCUAUAUUAAUAUCGAAUAUCGUCACAGACGUGAGAAACCGUUUCCAAUGGCGUAUUAUGAUGUUCCUAAUGGCUACAAUCAUCUUCAUUACUAACGGAAUUUAUGCAUCGCUUAUUUCAACGGAUGUUCAGCCUUGGGAUCAAAUUGAGUCAAAAGUGAUAGUAGGUACGUCGACAGGCGGAGCAUUGUCAGCGAAAGGAUUAAAUUAAAAUAAAAUUCAAGGCACAUCCUUAUCCUCAUGAAACAACCAUAAUAAAAUAAUAGUUAUCGAACAUAUCUUUGGAUUUUUUCCCACAAUAGAACAAUACACAAACUUUAAAGCGGAGCCUCAUAGCCUCCCUUUGUAGGAGUCCGUAGGCAAUCGAAUUAAUUUCCAUUUUAAGUGCUAAUAAAGAGACUGCAAAAUCGACAAAGAGUGAGGAUUGGUGGGAAACAAAAGAAUCGUUGAAAGCCGCACCGACGAUGAAGCCACAAUACAAGUUAAGCUUGGGAAGACAUUUUUUGUUUUGUUUCUACUAAUUUUAAGACGCUACAGGAGCGAAAAUGCUAAAACGGAGAGAAGCCCCCUUUUCC